AUGGCCUCGAUCUUCCAGACCGCUGUUGACGUAGUGGCAUGGCUGGAGAACCAUGAUAUUUGGUUGGAGGGAGUUAACAGCGGUCGUCGUAGAUCUAUAUCAGAUGCAUUCUGGCUGUCUUCCCCAACUUACCCGACCGACUUGGAGGCUUCUCUGGAUAUCCUGGAGGCCUUUUUCGACCACGAAUACUGGCACAGGCGCUGGAUUAUACAAGAGCUCGCUUUUGCAAGAUCCGCCCAGAUAUGUUGCGGUGGCUUCACCGUUCCAUUCACGCAUGUCAGGAAAUUGGUCCACAAAUACACUUCGUGGGUCAAAGAAAGCCGCCAAAGCCGUCGACGGCUCGAAUCGAAUAGCGUUGAGAACAGUCUCGCAGCUCGGAUUCUCGAUCUCCACCAGUCCCCACGUGGACCUGAUUUGACUUUGGAGCAGUUAAUAUACAACUACGCAUCUGCCGAGUGCGCCGAACCUCUAGACAAGGUAUACGCGCUAGUGUCGAUGUCGAGGCUGGCUAGUGAAAGCUUCCCUGUUUCGUAUGAUGUGAGCAAGCUUGAGUUGUUGCUGACCACCGUUGAGUUCUCAUUUGCUCGGCAGAGCCUACACCCAACAAAGGCGAUACCAUUUGCUCUUGCGCUGAGCGAGCAAAUUGGAAUCAAGGUGGACGAGCUCGUUCCUACAACCCAGGCUUACUCCAUGCGUUCUGACACAGUUGGCGACAACUGCCAAGUCAUCAGCAUGCUCUGUAGGCGAGGCAUCGUCACGGCAUCCAGAGUCGACGAAGGACCGCUAUUCUACCACAAACAGGCUUUGCGAGAGAGAUGUCAAGAGCUGACGCAUUUUGACGUCCCCACUCCUAUUACGAGAGUCAUCCAACCUAGCCAGGAGGUUGCAUCUGCCCAUGACGCAUCCUUUUCGGCAGGGACUACUGCGGACCUCGACAAUAUCUGCACGCCGUACAACCAGUGGAGAGUAUCACCUAGGGAUCUCUUCGCCUUCACCUGGCAGCGUACGCGUCCAGAGCAUCAAGAUUCCUCCUUGGACGGGGUGCAUCUCGGAUUCGCAACGACGCGCACGGAAGCAGGCGAUGUCCUCUACCAGUUUCCGGGAACAAGCGUAGCCAUUCUUCUUCGAAAAAGUCGCCGGGAGCUCCGACUUUGA